GGGGCACAACAUGCAGGCGCGCUACUCGGUGGCGGACCCCAACGCGCUGGGCGUGGUGCCCUACCUGAGCGAGGCCAACUACUACCGGGUGGGCGCCUCGGGCUCGUACGGGCCGGUCUCGGGCUCGAUGGGGGUGGGCUUCGCGGAGCAGUACGGGCCUGGGUCCCUGCCCCGCGCCUACGGGCCCUACGCCCACCCCCACGCGCCCCCGGCCGCGCCCAAGGACCUGGUGAAGCCCCCCUACAGCUACAUCGCGCUGAUCACCAUGGCCAUCCAGAACGCGCCCGAGAAGAAGGUGACCCUCAACGGGAUCUACCAGUUCAUCAUGGAGCGCUUCCCCUUCUACCGGGAGAACAAGCAGGGCUGGCAGAACUCCAUCCGGCACAACCUGUCGCUCAACGAGUGCUUCGUGAAGGUGCCCCGCGACGACAAGAAGCCCGGCAAGGGCAGCUACUGGACCCUGGACCCGGACUCCUACAACAUGUUCGAGAACGGCUCCUUCCUGAGGAGGAGGAGGCGCUUCAAGAAGAAGGACGUCUCCAAGGAGAAGGAGGAGCGGGCGGUGGGCAAAGGAGACCCCCUGCCCAAAGGAGAGCCCGGUUCCAAGCCCAACCAGAGCGCCUCCUCGAAUAUCGUCGCGCCCGAAGGGAAAGUGGUCAUCAAGAGCGAGGUGUCCUCUUCUCCCGAGCUUCCCGUGGUGACCAAAGUGGAGACGCUCAGCCCAGGGUCGCGCUUCGGGCAGGAGAGCCCCCGCAGCGUGGUCUCGACGCCCUCGGGGUCCACGGAAGGGUCGCUCCAGGGCGAAGGGCACCACCACAAUCCCCACCAUUCGUCGCAGCCUUCCAACGGCUUCAGCGUGGAGAACAUCAUCACCCUGCGCGCCUCGCCCUCCUCCGCCUUGCCGGUGGUCUACGGCCAAAGCCAGGCCCCGGCCCCGUCCAUCUACAGCCAGACCUGCAGCCAGGCUUUGGCCGAGGCCGGCACGGCGGGCUACCAGUGCAGCAUGCGGGCCAUGAGCCUGUUCACCGGCGGCGCCGCUGCUGCUGCUGCUGCUGAAGAGGCGACGCUCUCCGAGCACCAGGCGCAGAGCAACGGGCUCGGCUUGGCCCCGCAGCAGGACGGGCACGCGCACCACCACCACCCGCACCACCAGCACCACCACCCGCACCUGGCCGGGCAUCACCAAGGCGGGGGAGGGGGCAACGGAGGAGCAGCCGGAGGGGGGCAAGCCGUGGCCGCCUGGUACUUGAACCCGGAGAUCGGCGCGCCCUUCGCGGCCCAAGGCUUCCAGAACAACCUCCGGGAGGUCUUCCACCCGCACCGCAUGGGCCUCGAGGCCCCCACGCCCGUGGCGGAGCCCCAGGGAAGCCCCGGACCCGCCUGCCAGGGACAGUUCCACCGCCCCGGGGGCCCCGCCCCGCUCUACCGGCACGCCAACGGGCCCUACGCCUACGACUGCGCCAAGUACUGAGGGCCCACACCUGGAGGGAACACACCUGAGCCCCACGGACAGGGACACGGGCCGCGUCCUUGGUUCCUCCCUUCCACACGCCUGGAGAGAGCCCACCUGAGCCCCACGGACAGGGACACGGGACCCAUCCCUUCGUUCUUCCCUUCCACACACCUGGAGAGAGCCCACCUGAGCCCCACGGACAGGUAAAGGGCACCUUCCCUCGUCCCUUCCUUCCACACACCUGGAGAGGACCCACCUGAGCCCCACGGACAGGUACAUGGGACCCAUCCCUUCGUUCUUCCCUUCCACACGCCUGGAGAGAGCCCACCUGAGCCCCGCGGACAGGUAACGGGCACCUUCCCUCGUCCCUCCCUUCCACACACCUGGAGAGGACCCACCUGAGCCCCACGGACACGUACAUGGGACCCAUCCCUUCGUUCCUCCCUCCCACACACCUGGAGAGAACCCACCUUGAACUCUGGACUCACCUAAUCUACUUCCAAGCAGGUACUGUGGAUGAUCUGCCUUGAUAUGGUCAGGGUUAAUAUGUACAUUACAGUUUGGAAGGAUAUAUGUAGGCCGAAGGAGACCCCAUUUGGCCUCCAACUCUCCCAAAGGAAAAAAAGGGAAAGGUCUGGGUGAAUUCACCUUGAACUCUGGACUCAGCUCAUCCACUUCCAAGCAGGUACUGUGGGUGAUCUGCCUUGAUAUGGUCUGGGUUAUGUCUAUGGCAGUUUGGAGGGAUAUCUGUAGGCUGAAGGAGACCCUUUUGGGCUUCCAAUCUUCCCCAAGGAGAGAAGGGAAAGGCCCCAGUGGAUCCCCAUCGAACUGGACUCAGAUAAUCCCCAUCCAAGCAGGGAUUGUGGAUGAUCUGCCUUGACAGUCUGGGUUAUAUUACACACAGGCCCCUUCCUUCCUUCCACACAAUUCUAGGAAAUCCACCUUAUCCAACAAAUCCAACAAUAACUGUGGACUCACCUAAUCCACUUCCAGGCAGGCAUUGUGGAGGUUUUGCCUUGAUAUGGUCUGGGUUGUGUAUAUGGCAGUUUGGAGGGAUACAGGCAGGCAGAAAGGGGUCUUGUUUGGCUUCCAGUCCCCCCAAAGGAAAGAAGGGAAAGGCCUAGGAGAAUCCUACUUGAACUGUGGACUCAGCUCAUCCACUUCCAAGCAGGUGCUGUGGAUGAUCUGCCUUGACAGUCUGGGUUAUAUUAUUCCUUCUACACAGCUGUAGGGAAUCCACUUUGAACUGUGGACUCGGCUCAUCCACUUCCAAGCAGGUAUUGUGGGUGAUUUGCCUUUACAGUCAGGGUUAGGUACAUGGCAGUUUGUAAGGAUCUAGGCAGGCAGAAAAUGGGACUCUGUUUGGCUUCCAGUCUUCCCAAAGGAAAGAAGGGAAAGGCCUAGGUGAAUCCACCUUGAACUCUGGACUCAGCUCAUCCACUUCCAAACAGGUAUUGUGGAUGAUCUGCCUUGAUAGUCUGGUUUAUAUAUGUGGCAGUUUGGAAGGAUACAGGCAGCAGGUAUACAUAGACAUACAGAGGCCCCUUUCACACAGCUGUAGAGAUUAAGGAAUCUACCUUGAACUGGACUCAGCUCAUCCACUCCCAAGCAGGUAUUGUGAGCAAUCUGCCUUGACAGUCCGGGUUACAUAUAUGGCAGUUUGCAGUCUGGGUUACAUAUAUGGCAGUUUGGAAGGAUACAGGCAGGUACAAGAGGACCUUGUUUGGCUUCCAAUUCUCCCAAAGGAGAGAAAGAAAAGGCCCCAGUGAAUCCCCAUUGAACUGGACUCAGCUCAUCCACCUCCAAGCAGGUACUGUGGAUGAUCUGCCUUGAUAUAGUCUGGGUUGUAAGGCAGUUUGUAAGGAUACAGGCAGGCAGAAAAGGAUCCUGUUUGACUUCCAAUCUUCCCAAAGGAAAGAAGUGAAAGGUCCCUGGGAUAUUGGACCUAUCUAGUAUAAUCCAAAGCAGGUAAUGCGGAUGAUAUGCCUGUGUAGAUCCACCUGCGUCUACACUGUGGAAGGGAUGCAGUUUGGCACCCCUCUUUAGGCCCCUUCUACAAUAUAGGAUCCUGACUGUCAAAGGAGAUGAUGAUCCACAUGGUUUGCUUGGAACUGGAUUAAAUAAGGCCCUUUCUACACUGCCGUACAAAAUCCGGAUUAUCUGAUUUGAGUUGGAUAAUCCAGGGGCCUUCCACACAGCCCCAUAUCCGAGAAGAUCAGGGCAGAAAAAUCACACAAUAUUCGCUUUGAACUGGGUUAUCUGAGUCCAGACUGAGAUAAUGUGGGAUUUUUUUUGGUCUUGAUAUUCUGGAUUAUAGGGCUGUGUGGAAGGGGCCCUAGUGUUUUGGACUACAGCUCCCACCAUUCCUAACUGUUAGGAAUGAUGGGAGUUGAAGUCCAAACCACCCUGAGGACCUAAGUUUGCCCAUGCUUGGUCUACACUGUGGAAUUAAUGCGGUUUGGUUCCACUUUGCCACUGCUACAUGCUAUGGAAUCCUGAGUGUUGUUGACAGAGAAGGCUAAGAAGUCCUCAAUAAAACUACAAAUCCCAGGAUUGUGUAGCAUACAGCCACCAGAGUUCAAAGCGGUACUAAACCGCGUUAGUUUCUGCAGUGUAGACGCAUCCCGAGUUGCAGUUCUUUCCCUUCCAAUUUAUGAGUUGAGGAGAAGUUGGACUUUUGGGGCAUUUAACUGUCAAUCAAUGCUAACUUUUCAUAAUUCCAGAGUGACAAUUUGAUAGGACUGUGUGAGGGAACCCUAUAGAUAUUCUAUAUAUAAAAAUAUAAAUAUUCUCUCUCUGUGUGUGUCCUGGCGUUGGGUUCUGAUUCGUUUCAGGUCGGUUUUGGGGAAGGUUUUGUUCUGUUUCUUGUGUUUUGUAAAUAAUUGUUCUGUGUGCCUUUCAAUCCCGGCUUCCAUUCAUUCUUGGAAAAGCCUUUAAUAUAAUAUUUAAAGUUGAGUUCACUGGAUUGUUUCUAUUUUCUCUCCCCUCCCUUCGAGGUCCAGCUGACAAAUUGACCAUCUCUUCCCCCCUUUUUAUCCAAAAAAUAGGAAUAAUUUAUUGUUUUGAUGGUGUUGUUUAUUAUUUUGUUUUGUUCAUCCUUUGGACUUUUUCUGGACAGGAGGGAAAAACAAGAGAAAGGGACUGUGGAGAUGUAUUGGAUACUUUGAUAUAUAUAUUUUCUUUUGUAAAAGCAACCCUCCAACAAACAAACAAUCGCUUUGGAAAUUAUUUUGUCUGAUGUUGUGGUUUUGCAACUUUUGUACUCAUUCUUUUGGGGAAAAUAAUAAUAAUAAUAAUAAAGGAAUAAAUCAGUGCUGUUAA